CGAAUGAAAGAAGAUGUUUGUGUCGGUGUCUCGGUGUUAUUAAGGCUUCUGUAAAACAUGUCUCUCAAUGGAGGGGGGAGCAGAGGGUUUUACUUCAACACCGUCUUGUCUCUGGCUCGGUCUCUGGCGGCUCACCGGCAGGCGCCGAUAGAAAAGGUCCAGAAGCUACAAUGCAUGUGUCCCGUGGACUUCAGAGGAGUCUUCCAGCUGGAUGAGAGGAGGAGAGAUGCUGUCAUCGCACUGGGCAUCUUUCUGGUGGAGUCAAAUCUGCAGCACAAAGAUGCUAUUGUCCCGUACCUUCUUGGGUUGCUUAAAGGGCUUCCUAAAGUUCAGUGGAUUGAAGAAAGCUCAGACUGCAAAGGAAAAGAGACCCUUCCUGUGGCAGAAAACUUCACUUUUGGUCUUGUAACACUCCUCUCGGAUGUUGCCCAACGUGAUGAAACCUUACGAGGACAGAUCCUGGAGGCGGUCAUGGAGAUCAUGCAGGUCUUGCAAGAUAUCUGCAAGAACCCAGAGGAUCAUGAUAAAGAAUACCUGUGCAGGUACACUGUGCCCACCCUGCUCGGUGUUGCCAGAGCGUUCGGCCGUUACAGCAACACUGAUGAGCCGUUACUGUCCAAGCUGUUCCCCCGACCGGUGGCUCCUCUGCCGCCUACGGCCGACGAAACCGAUGUGACGCACCGGCGGUCCUUCAACGACUUCCGCUCCAUCCUGCCGAGCUCUUUGCUCACCGUCUGUCAGGGAGACACUCUGAGACGUAAAGCCUCCAGUCAACAGGCCAGUCCGGAGAGAGCCUGUCUGACCCCCAUCUCACCUGCUGACCCUUCUGCACAGUACUUUGAAGGCUCGUACCUCCCUGACGGCAGCGCUGUGGACCCUGACUACUACUUCUCCACCAUCAGCUCCAGCUUCUCCGUCUCCCCUCUCUUCACCGGCAGCAGCUCUGGAGAGUUUCAUGUUCCUCUGGAUAUGCUCAGACAGCUCCUUUGCAUGGUCGAACAAUUUGUCUCUGAGUCGUUUUUAAAAUCGCUGGAUGACUCCUUGGCAGAACUUCUAGAGUUGAGUCCUAGUCUUCAUCUCUACUACAAAACCUUCAGUGAUCCUCUGUAUGUAGCUAUUUUUAAAAUGCUGAGAGACACCCUGUACAACUUGAAGGACCUCCAGACAGACUACGUGAAGGAGGUGCACGACUUUGUGCUGGAGCAGUUCAGCAGCAGCCAAUCAGAGCUGCAGAGGAUCCUGCAUGAUGUGGAGUACCUCCAGAGUGAACUGAGCCCGCUAAAGCUUCGCUGUCAGGCCAACGCUGCCUGUGUGGACCUCAUGGUGUGGGCCGUGACUGAAGAGCAGGGAGCUGAGAACCUUUGCACCAAACUAUCAGAAAAGCUGCAGUCCAAGACGUCCAGUAAAGUGAUCAUCGCUCACAUGCCGCUCCUCAUCUGCUGCUUACAGGGCUUGGGUCGUCUGUGUGAGCGGUUCCCCGUGGUGGCCCACUCCGUCACCAUGUCACUCAGAGACUUCUUGGUGGUGCCGUCUCCUGUUCUGGUGAAGCUGUAUAAAUACCACAGCCAGUACACUCCAGCGGGUGGUGAGAUAAAGAUCCAUGUGACCAACGAACAUUCGCAGUCAACCCUCAGUACACAUUCGAGCAAGAAGAGCCAGCCCUCCAUGUACGAACAGCUGCGGGACAUCUCCAUCGACAACAUCUGCAGGUGUCUGAAAGCCGGCCUGACGAUGGAUAACGUCAUUGUAGAAGCUUUCCUCGCCAGUCUGUCUAACCGUCUCUACAUCUAUCAGGAAAAUGAUAAGGAUGCUCACCUGAUCCCAGACCACACCAUCAGGGCUCUGGGUCACAUCGCUGUAGCUUUACGGGACACCCCCCGAGUCAUGGAGCCCAUCCUGCAGAUCCUGCAGCAAAAGUUCUGUCAGCCUCCCUCACAGCUAGACGUCCUCAUCAUAGACCAGCUGGGCUGCAUGGUCAUCACAGGCAAUCAAUACAUCUACCAGGAAGUGUGGAAUCUGUUUCAGCAGAUCAGUGUGAAAGCCAGCUCCAUGGUCUACUCUACCAAAGACUACAAGGACCAUGGAUACAGACACUGCUCCUUGGCUGUGAUUAAUGCUCUGGGUAACAUCGCAGCGAACCUGCAGGCUGAGCAUAUGGUCGACGAGCUGCUGGUAAACCUGCUGGAGCUUUUUGUCCAGCUGGGUUUAGAGGGGAAGAGAGCCAGUGAGAGAGCGCCAGACAAAGGCCCGGCUCUGAAGGCAUCGAGCAGUGCAGGAAACCUUGGUGUCCUCAUUCCAGUUAUUGCAGUGCUGACUAAGAGAUUGCCACCAAUUAAAGAAGCAAAGCCGCGUCUGCAGAAGCUCUUCAGGGACUUCUGGCUCUACUCUGUUGUCAUGGGGUUUGCUGUGGAGGGCUCAGGUCUGUGGCCAGAGGAGUGGUACGAGGGAGUUUGUGAGAUUGCAACCAAAUCACCGCUGCUGACGUUUCCCAGUGGGGAACCUUUACGCUCAGAGCUGCAGUACAACUCUGCUCUGAAGAACGACACCGUCACUCCGGCGGAGCUGAAUGAUCUGCGCAGCACCAUCAUCAACCUGCUGGAUCCUCCUCCUGAGGUCGCUGCGCUCAUCAACAAACUGGACUUUGCCAUGUCCACAUAUUUGCUGUCUGUUUACAGAUUGGAAUACAUGAGGAUGUUGCGCGCGCUGGACUCGGACCGCUUUCAGGUCAUGUUCCGAUACUUUGAGGACAGAGCGAUACAGAAGGAUAAAUCUGGCAUGAUGCAGUGUGUGAUUGCCGUCAGCGACAAAGUUUUUGAGGUCUUCCUGCAAAUGAUGGCUGAAAAACCAAAAACCAAAGCCCACGAGGAGGAGCUGGAACGCCACGCUCAGUUCCUCUUGGUCAACUUCAACCACAUCCACAAGAGGAUCCGCAGAGUGGCAGACAAAUAUCUGUCUGGCCUGGCUGAAACUUUCCCUCACUUGUUGUGGAGCGGCCGCGUGCUGAGGACCAUGCUGGACAUCCUGCAGACACUUUCCCUCUCUCUCUCUGCUGACAUUCAUAAAGACCAACCUUAUUAUGACAUCCCAGACACGCCGUACAGAAUCACUGUCCCAGAUACAUAUGAAGCCAGAGAGAGCAUUGUGAAGGAUUUUGCUGCACGUUGUGGGGAGAUCCUUAAAGAGGCCAUGAAGUGGGCGCCAUCUGUGACCAAAUCUCACCUCCAGGAGUAUCUCAACAAACAUCAGAACUGGGUGUCAGGUCUCUCCCAGCACACCGGCCUGGCCAUGGCCACAGAGAGCAUCCUGCACUUCGCUGGUUACAACAGACAGAGCACCACACUGGGGUCAACCCAGCUGACUGAGAGACCAGCCUGUGUGAAGAAGGACUACUCCAACUUCAUGGCCUCCCUCAACCUCAGGAACAGAUAUGCUGGAGAGGUAUCAGGUAUGAUCCACUUCGCCCAGGCGGUCCGUGGUCAGUCCGAUCUGAGCCGGCUGAUGAUCAAGCAGAUGGGGGAGGCUUUAGACGCAGCGCAGCCCGAGACCUUCACUGAGGCCAUGUUCAAACUGGCCGCCCUGCUCAUCAGCACCAAAGACUGUGACCCUCAGCUCCUGCACCACCUCUGCUGGUCUCCUCUCAAGAUGUUUACAGCACACGGCAUGGAGACAGCUAUUGCCUGCUGGGAGUGGCUGCUGGCUGCUCGUGUUGGAGUGGAAGUGCCGUUUAUGCGAGAGAUGGCGGGAGCGUGGCAGAUGACCGUGGAGCUGAAGAUGGGCCUGUUCUCCGACGCUCAGGUGGAGGCUGAUCCUCUGGCUGCAUCAGAGGAAAGUCAGCCCAUUCCCUGCCCCCCAGAUGUUACCCCUCACCAAAUAUGGAUCGAGUUUCUAGUCCAGAGGUUUGAGAUUGCAAAGUAUUCCAGUGCAGAUCAGGUGGAGAUCUUUGGCAGUUUGCUACAACGCUCGCUGUCUCUCAACGUCGGCGGGGCGAAGAGCAGCCUCAACCGCCACGUAGCUGCCAUCGGACCUCGUUUCAGGCUGCUGACUCUGGGUCUGGCUCUGCUGCACUCUGACGUCCUCACUAAUUCAACUGUAAGAAACGUGCUCCGAGAGAAGAUCUACUCUACAGCUUUUGAUUACUUCAGCGUGGCUCCAAAGUUUCCCACCCAGGGUGACAAGCACCUCCGCGAGGACAUCAGCAUCAUCAUCCGCUUCUACGCCAGCAUCCUGUCCGACAAGAAGUACUUGGCCGCGUGUCACUUGGUCCCACCUGAUAAUCAGGACCCGUCCCUGAACAGUCUGUCAGUGAUGAACGCUGCCGACCUGCGGAGCAGCAUGGACUCCAGCGCUCGCUCCCAGCAGAGCGGCCAGGGAUGGAUCAACACCUACCCGCUGUCCAGCGGCAUGUCCACCACCUCCAAGAAAUCAGGAACGUCCAAGAAGACCAACAGAGGCACUCAGCUCCACAAAUACUACAUGAAGCGCAGGACUCUGUUACUGGCAUUACUGGCCAGUGAGAUCGAACGGCUGACGACGUGGUACAACCCGCUCUCCACCCAGGAGCUCGCCAUCGCCACGGAGCAGUCGGUGGAGACCAGCAUCGCCAACUGGAGGUCUAAAUACAUCAGUCUGACGGAGAAACAGUGGAAGGACAACGUCAACCUGGCCUGGGGCAUCGCUCCAUACCUGGCCAUGCAGCUGCCCACCAGGUUUAAGAAUGACGCCAUUGUUGCUGAAGUGACCCGGCUGGUGAGACUGGACCCUGGAGCGGUCAGUGACGUGCCUGAGGCCGUCAAGUUCCUGGUGACGUGGCACACUAUCGAUGCGGACUCUCCUGAGCUGAGCCACAUCCUGUGUUGGGCUCCGGCCGACCCGCCCACCGGGCUGUCCUACUUCAGCAGCAUGUACCCUCCUCAUCCUCUCACCGCUCAGUACGGGGUCAAAGUGCUGCGCUCCUUUCCUCCUGAUGCCAUCUUGUUCUACAUUCCUCAGAUUGUUCAGGCUCUCCGUUACGAUAAGAUGGGUUAUGUAAGGGAGUACAUCCUGUGGGCGGCCCAGAAGUCUCAGCUUCUCGCCCACCAGUUCAUCUGGAACAUGAAGACCAACAUCUUCAUGGAUGAGGAGGGACACCAGAAAGACCCGGACAUCGGGGAGCUGCUGGAGCAGAUGGUGGAGGAGAUCACAGGUUCUCUGUCGGGUCCCGCUAAAGACUUCUACCAGAGAGAGUUCGACUUCUUCAACAAGAUCACCAAUGUGUCUGCUAUUCUCAAGCCAGUUCCAAAGGGAGAGGAGAGGAAAAGAGCCUGUCUCAAAGCUCUGUCAGAUAUCAAAGUCCAGCCAGGCUGUUAUCUCCCCAGUAACCCUGAAGCCAUCGUGUUAGACAUCGACUACAAGUCUGGGACCCCCAUGCAGAGUGCUGCGAAGGCGCCCUACCUGGCCAAGUUCAAGGUGAAGCGCUGCGGGGUGAGUGAGCUGGAGAGGGAGGGGCUCCGCUGCCCGUCGGACUCUCUGGAGGACGGAGAGGAGAAUCCAGACGGGUCACGCAGGAUCUGCUGGCAGGCGGCCAUCUUUAAAGUGGGAGACGACUGCAGACAGGAUAUGCUGGCUCUGCAGAUCAUCGGGCUAUUUAAGAACAUUUUCCAGCUGGUAGGCCUGGACCUGUUUGUGUUCCCUUACAGAGUGGUGGCCACUGCACCAGGGUGUGGAGUGAUCGAGUGCAUCCCAGACUGUAAGUCCAGAGACGGCAGACAGACGGAUUUCGGGAUGUAUGAUUACUUCCGCAACCAGUACGGAGACGAAUCCACCCUGGCCUUCCAGAAGGCUCGUUAUAACUUCAUCCGCAGCAUGGCGGCCUACAGCCUGCUGCUGUUCCUGCUGCAGAUCAAAGACAGACACAACGGAAACAUCAUGCUGGACAGCAAGGGGCACCUCAUACACAUAGACUUUGGCUUCAUGUUUGAGAGUUCUCCUGGAGGAAACCUGGGCUGGGAGCCCGACAUCAAACUGACCGACGAGAUGGUGAUGAUGAUCAUGGGCGGAAAGAUGGAGGCCACGCCCUUCAAAUGGUUCAUGGAGAUGUGUGUCAGAGGAUAUCUGGCUGUACGACCCUACAUGGACGCAGUGGUGUCUUUAGUCACCCUCAUGCUGGACACAGGACUGCCGUGCUUCAGAGGACAGACAAUCAAACUCCUCAAAGGGCGGUUUAAUCCUCAAAUGAGUGAGAAAGAAGCAGCGGCGUUCAUCAUCAAAGUCAUCCAAAGCUGUUUCCUCAGCAGCAGGAGCAAAACGUAUGACAUGCUGCAGUAUUACCAGAACCAAAUCCCGUACUGAAAGUCUUCUGCCGGACCUCCACUGUACGUCCAACACAAACAACCAAUGCAAACCUUAUUUUGGAUGAUUUUAACCAGGCGGGUCCACGCUGAGACAACAAUAUGGCACUUUGAUCCUAAUGCUCUGAUUUUAUUCAGCAUACUGUAAGUUGUCGGGUUUUAUAAUGCACUUCUGAGUUUUAAAGUUUCUCUUUAUUUAACUCGAGAGUGAGAGAACAAUGUACGACUUUUACCAGAAGAGGUAUUUGAAUCACCCUUUAAGUGUUCCCUUCACGAUGCUGUUAAUUGUUACUUACACUGAUUGUCACUCUAGAGGAAGAUGGCCAUAAAGGGAGCCAUAUUUGUAGUGUUUGUCAAAGCAGCUGUUGAGAAUCAUCAUUAUGAUUUUGUUAUGAUACUAUUAUCCACUUUUAUGCACUUUAUAGAUCACAGUAUUCCAUCAGCUUCUCCUGCCUACCGUCACGAGCUUGAACAGAGAUUAUUAAUCAGAAAUCAGAGAUUAAAAGCAUUUAAUCCGCUGAUCAAUAAACAUGGCAGUAUUUUUGAUUUAGCAGAACACGAGCUGUUAUUAGAUGGAUCAAAAAUAAAUGCAGGAAUCAAUCUAAUCUAACGGUAGUCUUUAGGAAUGUAAUGGUAUUUAGACUAUUAUGGUGUAGUAUUUACUGUAGAAUAUUUACUGUAGAAUCACAUCAGGAUCGCAGGUGUUUUUCUGUGAUUUAACUUGUAGAGUUAUAUGUGAAGAGCAUAUUAAUCAGAAGAUUUUAAUAACUGUUUGAAGCCAAUCAUGUCUCACCUCUUCAUGUAAGCUUUUAGCUUUGAAUUGGUCAUUUAGAGGGUUUUUUUUUUCCACGACAGGAACUUAAUGACUUUAGUGAUCCUCUGACAUCAGGUCAACGUUUCAAUUUGUCCAAUACUUUUAUGGUUUAUGAUCAAAUAUAAGAAAUAAAAGAGAACUCUGAGAGUGCUGUCUUCCACCAAGGCCAUGCCUGAUCUUGCAAUGUUAAAGAAAGAGAAUAAAAUAGUUUGUGUCCCGCCCCGUGAAUCCAAAAUGUCAAGUUUCAUGAAAGUAUUUUUAUCCUGCUGACAAACAAACCGAAGUGAAACAUAUAAAACCUUCUUGGUGGAAAUAAUAAAAUGAGAAGCUGUGUCAGUGGCUUCCUAGUUGAGUUCCUGUAGUGAAAAAGGACUUUAGGAAAGAGUUGACAACACACAGGGUAGACCCAGGAUCAGAUGUUUUUGUGUUCUGUCUAAUAAAAUGUGUCAGAAACAUGAAUAGUAGGGCUGUACCGAAUUGUUCAAAGCUUCUUUCAUAAACUUGUAAGUUCCAAAUCAACCCAGUAUUUGCACAGUUGGAGAUAAAGCUGAGGCUAAACUUACAAAUUAAUAUAUCACCUCAAGAUAUGUUAAUGGGUACCCACAAGUCUCCUCUUUACAGACACUUAAUGAUGAUCCCAUGCAGUUACGGGCAGAGAACAUGCAGCUUUUCAUGCAGAAAAAAAAAAGUGUUAUUGUCACCUGUUGUAUCUGGAUAUUUCCAGUCUGUGAGUUGAAAAAAUCAGAAAUUUCAAAAGUUUUUGAAACCAAAUCACAGCAUUGAUUUUUCUCUGGUGUUCUUCGAGGUCUUUAUGUGUAACCCAUUGAGGCCUGAAUCGCCUGUAAAACCUCUGGGCGAUUUUGAAAAUAAGCCCCUAAAACCUGAAGUUUUUCUGAAAAUUCAACAGAAGUGUCAACGCUUCCUACUAAAUAAUAGAUUUUUCAGCCUCUGUAGCAAAUAGAAAUGAAAUUCAAAAAGUAUUUGAGAGCUUAUACAAAUACUACAAAACGACGCGUCCGUUUUCCAGGCUUCAAUGGGUUAAAGUGGGACUCUGGAGCAAUUUUUGACAAUUUUUAAUGGCCUCGAGUGGUCAAAAAUGGCUAAAUUUACCACAAAAUGUGUGUAACUAAUGGGAUCAACCCAUAAAUUGAUGCAACAGCUUGAGUUUGGGAAUGGACUGACGUAAAGGUUCUCUAUCGUCGGGAGAUUAUCUCUCUACUCCGGAAGGUGAUGAAAUUAUAAAAUAUGACCACAGGCAUUUGAAGCUUCAUUUAAAAACCCAAAUAAAAGCUUUUAUUGUGACGUUCUGUACAGCCCUAUAUAUAAACAUGUCCGUCUGCCCUUUACAGUCCUUGUAACCCCGUUUGGAAACAUUCCUCUCUGUGUAUCUUUGUUCUCUUGAACCUCUCGGAUGUGACUUUUGUUUUGAUCAUGUUGCUUUUACUGAUGAAGAUGAUGAUUAUACCUAAAAGCCAUUUCUCCUACCCUUAGGUAGAAACACAGCUGUAGUAAUACUUGACGAAAAACCCUAACCUUAUGCAAUAUAUCGGUGUAUAAUGAUGCUGUAUUUGUGUGUGUCGUGUUCAACAAAAUGCUAUGAUUCCUUCCAUUCCGAUCCGUGUGUGACGAAGUGUUUUACGUUGCAGCUCUGACUUCCUGUCGUUACAUAACUGAGUAUAUUUAUGUAUUUACACCAGUAUUUGUUCAGUGGCUCCUCAAAAGAGACUUGAAGGGCUGACACUGCUGUGAUCAACUCUUUACAAAGCCAUUUCUAUACAUUGUGGGUUGGAUUGAGUUGCUGUAUUUUCCUCAUGUCGGCUGUUCUCUGUAAUAUAUAAAUAUACUGUAUGUAUGCAGUUUUUCUGUUUGUAUUUUGCUCAGUUUGAUGCGACAUCAUGUCCGGUUCAGAUGAGAUCACGUCUGUGUGAAAACUUCUUAUUUCCAGAUUAAACGUGUGAACAUUUCAUCACAAAA